AUGCCCAGCGUCGGGACAUAUGUGAAAGCCAUCUCUGCUGGCGCCGCAAUAUGCAUAGGAGGCCCAGCAUUCGUAUACUACAUAUCCCCCACCGAAGAAGAAAUCUUCAAGAAGUACAAUCCGGAAUUGCAGAAGCGUGCACUUGCCAACCGAGAAGUACGGCAGCAGGAGUUCGAUUCAUUUGUGAAUCAUCUCAAGGAGGCGAGCAGGUCGGAGAAACCAAUUUGGAUAGCGCAAAAGGAGAUGGAGAAGAAGCUUUCGGAAGACCGAGCACAGCGCUUGAGGGAUGAGCGAGAAAGCCUCGCUGCGGAGGCGGAACGAAGGCGUGCUGAGAUAAGGGAUAGCACCAAGUGACGGCAAUGAUAUAUCAUUUUGUAUAACAGAUUUUUCAUCACUCACUGUAUUGUUUAAACAUUCAAAGCACCCUGGGGUAUGGCGUAGGAUUGGCUUCGCGCAAUAACAACAAUUUCAAUAUUGUAGACGACUAUAAUCAAGAAAUUGUACAAUUCGGCCACGGAAGCUCACGCGAUUAACCCGCGAUCCUCUAGAUAUCCAGUCCUAU